GACAUAUCAUUGAGAUCAUUCAGAGUCCUCUCUGCUUGCCAUCAUCUGGUAUCUAGUAUCUAGAAGUAGAUACUUCAUCAACCCCACUAUCCACUACCACUACCAAUACACACGACAUCGAAGCACCAAUCAACUCCAAUUGGAUAUGCCUUCGUCACGAGGUGUGCCUCCCACCCCACUCAACAUAAGAGCCUCUAGCGAGACCAACACCACCCACGGCCGCCAAGGCAGCUUCGACUCCUCCUUUUCAGACAAAGAUAGCAAGGUUGGUAGCAUUGCUAGUCGCACACAACUCCUCGGGUCUAACCGCCCACAGGAAACCUCGAGGACCAGUCGAUUUGACGAAUACCGCAAAUCAUUCGGCCAUCACAACCAAAACUCGCAAAAGUCUUCGAAGCCGCAUUCGCCUACUGUGAACGUCUACACCCACUGUGGGCGACACACGGACCAGUACCUACUCGGCGGCUGGUCCGAGGCUUUCAAGAAUGCCUUUAAGAAGAACUGAGCGCGCCCUGUCAAGUCUAAGAAUGGCUUCACAGGGCGCGCUUUUCGUCGUCUGCGGUUUUUCUGUUUGAUACAGUUUUUUUUUUCUCUGCAGACGCGAC